AUGUCCAACUCGUUCCAAACAUCCGUCUUUUUCGUCGGGGCUACCGGCUACAUCGGCGGUGCAGUCCUCACGCGCAUCCUCCAGCAUCCCGACCGCCCCAGGCUCGACAUCACCGCCCUCGUCCGCUCCCCAGAGAAGGCCAAGAAGCUCGAGAAGCUCGGCAUCACACCCGUGCUCGGCUCCCUCCAGGACACAGGCAGGCUCGAGGAUCUCGCGAGCAAGGCGGACAUUGUUGUUGCUUGCGCGGAUGCAGAUGACCUCCCCGCUGCUCAGGCUAUCUUGCGUGGGAUGGCGAGGAGGAAAGAGCUCACGCGGGAUGUCCCCGUCCUCAUCCACACAUCUGGCACGGGUGUGUUCAGCGACAAUGCUGCGGGGAUGCGCCCCACCUCGACCAUCUACUCCGACGCCAACGUCGAGCAGAUGGCCUCACUGUCGCCCAACCAACUGCACCGCAGCAUCGACCUUGCGGUCCUCGACGCCGACAGCAAGGGCAUGAUCAAAGCCUACAUCGUGCUCCCGUCGACGAUCUGGGGCCUCGCGUCCGGCCCACUCAUUGACGCGCACAUCGCGAAUCCGCAUUCGCAGCAGAUCCCGAUGCUCAUCAAAGCGAGCCUUGCGCGUGCCCAGGCGGGCAUGGUCGGCGAGGGCAAGAACUUGUGGCCGAACGUCAACAUCGACGAAGUGGCGGACCUCUUUGGGCUUGUGUUCAGCGCGGUGCGCGCUGGGCGGCCGAUUGGGCAUGGCACGGACGGGUACUAUAUCGGCGAGAAUGGCGAGCACAUGCUGUACGAUGUGAGCCGCGCGAUCGGCGAGGCGCUGGUUGCGCUCGGCAAGGCGAGCACAGACAAGGUGACGACGUUCUCGCCGGAGGAGCUGGAUAAGUACUUUGGCGGGUCGGACUAUCUGGGCACGAAUGUGCGCUGUCGCGCGGAGCAUUCGCGCGCAAUCGGAUGGAAGCCGGUGAAGACGACGCGACACAUGCUCGCGAGUGUGAAGCCUGAGAUCGAAGCUAUCCUGCAGCGGCCGGAGGAGCUCAAGGUAUAA